AUGAGUGAGCGUAUGAAUUCUGGUGAGACCUCCAAGCACUUCAAGGCCAAGGUGUCCUAUUCAUCCAGGACCGGGCUACUGUUCCCUGUUAGCCACAUGGAUAGGAUGCUCUGCAGAGGAAACUUUGCAAAGGGCAUUGGAGCCACAGCCUUGGUUUAUGUGGCUGCAGUUCUUGAAUACCUGAUCUUCAACAUUGUGGAUAGGGCUGGCUCCAUCACCAAACACCACAAUAAGCAUCAGAUUUCCCCAUGGCACCUGAAACUCGCUAUCCGAAAUGAUUUUGAGCUCAACAAGCUGCUGGGUAGGGUCACCAAUUAUCAGCGUGGGGAUGCAGCCAACAACAAGUCUCUGCUUUUCCAGCCCAAAAAAACCAAGGACAGGAAAUCCUCCAGAAGAAGGACUGUUCCACCUCCCAUCCCUGCUGAGUGA